CUCUGUCCUGGGAGUGAGCAGCUGGCUUUCAUCCUGAGUCCAGGAAGAAGGACUGCUAUCUGCUGACCUCUGCUCAACCUGUAUAGCUCCACCAUCUGUGACACAAGCCAUGAAGACACUUGCUCUCCUUGCUGCCAUUCUCCUGCUGGCCCUCCAGGCCCAGAGUGAUCCUCUCCCAGCAAGAGUUGAGGAGGCUUCAGCCCAGGAACAGAUGGAGGAAGAGGACCCAGUCACAACCAUCUCCAUUACCGGGGUGGAAAGCUCUGAUUUCCGAGAUGCAGGUUUAAGAGCAGGAGUAGACUGCUACUGCAGAAGGGGAGGAUGUAAUUUUCCAGAACGCAGAAUUGGAAUGUGCAUACAAAACGGUAUCUACUACAACCUCUGCUGCCGUUAAUCAUCAAGAAAGUAAAAAUGCGUGUACCAUUUGCCUGGAGAUGCAGAAGGCCACUGCUAAGUCUCCUGGGCCAGGUGCCUGAGUUCCUUUCCCAAGUCCAAAUAAAGUCAUU